UUUUGUCAGAGUUUGUCUCUGUUUUUGUGUUAGAAUUACUGAAAAGUGUACGAAUAGUUGUCGUUUUCUAAGUAAACAUUACUUAAAAUGGAUCUUAUGUGCAAUUUUCUCCCUGGUGAUCCCAGAUUAGUCGAACAAAUAGUGAAGGAAUUGAAAUCACAGGGAAUAUUUGAUCAGUUCAGGAAGGAAUGCAUUUCAGAUGUAGAUACUAAACCUGCUUAUCAGAAUUUGAGGCAAAGAGUAGAAGGUAGUGUAACCAGCUUUCUCAAUGAACAAACUUGGACCCCAGAUAUGAACAAAAAUCAAGUACGGGAAAUGCUCCGCAAGCAUAUUCAUGAAUCUGGCUUUUUGGAGACAGGAGUUGAGAGGAUUGUUGAUCAAGUUGUGAACCCAAAAAUAAAUACAGUUUUUAUACCAAAAGUUGAUGAUGUGAUGUACAAAUUUUUGGGGAUUGAGAGACCUAAGGAGAAAAGCACUACACCACUGGAGAUAAAUACGGUUCACGAUUUGUUACCCAACGAUUUGGAAGCUGUAUCCCCUGAAUUACCUGAGGAAAAAGAUUUCCCUAAAGAAGAAAUCAAGGAAAUUAAAGUUGAAGAAAUGUCCCCAAGAUUAGAUAAUAAUGAUAGAAUUAUGCAAGAAGAAAAUUCAAUUGAUUCACAGUCUUCAAUUCUUUCAGCUGUAGUAAGCCACGAUUCUAACAACAGUUUGAAGCAAGACUCUGUUAUGUCGCUCAACAGCUCAGAAAGUAGGAUGUCCCUUCCAGAAAAUACUCUGAAACUUGAAUUAGAAGACAUUUGUUUGUCUCAGAAAUCAUCAGAUUCGAAUUCUAAAACUGAAAUACUAAGUGAUGAAAAAAUUUCUGAGAAUAAUAUUGAAAACAAAGAAGAAAUUACCAAUGCUCCUGAAACAUUCUCAGAAAAGACUUCAGAAGAAACUAAGCACAAAUCGAAAGAUGGGAGAAGGGAUAAAUAUCAUUCUUCCUCUGAUAGAUCAAAGUCAAGAAGUGACAAAGAAAGAGAUAAGUCGAGAUCUGACAAACCUAAGACAGAAGAAAAGGAUGGAAAAACUGAAGAAAAAAAAUACAAAAUACCAAAACUCACAGAUAAGAAUAAGGAUAGCAAACCUAAAGAUAAAGAAGACAAACCUAAAUCAGAUAAAGGAAAAAGUGAUAAGGAUCAUCGAUCUGAUAAAGAUAAAAAGUAUGACAAAGACAGGAAAUCGAAACAUUCCUCAGAAAAAGACAGUUCAAGUAGCGAGAAGAAGAAAAAAGAUAAAGCUGAAAAAAAAGAUGAUAGAAGAGAUAAAAAGGAAUCUUCUAGAAGUGACAAAAGUAGGGACGAUAAGAGAAGUUCAUCAUCCAAAAAAAGAGAUAGUCAGUCUUCAAAAGAUAGCCAAAAAGAAAAGGAUAAAGAAGGUCAUAUCAAGAGUAGUAAAGAAGAAACAUCUGACAAAAGCAAAAAGAUUCAUAGUUCUUCAAGUUCAAAAAAGGAUUCUAAAAGUAGGAAAGAUGAUGAUAAAUACAAAUCCUCACAUAAAAAAGAGGAAAAGAAUGAAAAGGAUGAGAGGAAAAGGAAACGGAGAUCUAAAGAUGAUCAUCAGAGCUCAAAGGAAAAGAGAAAUGGAGGGAGAUCUUCAGAUCGUGAUUCUGAUGGUCCGUCAAGUAGUAAAAGACCUCAUGUGUCCCCACAAACCAGUAAUGGUGAUUACUCAACGCAGCAGACAAGUCAAGACUCUUCUACUUUGAACUCCGAGGGCAGCUCUGGAUAUUCCGGGAAUUCUGAUAAAGCCGAGGAUCAGCAUGAAGAGGCUACUAACAAGGCUUUUAUGGAAAUGCAAAGAAUAAAAGUACCAAAAUUUGCUUCGAACUUGAAUGAAGCCAUGAAAAUAAUGAAAAUACGUAAGCUACUCAAAAAGUUGGAUGGUGUGAUCAAAACAGAUCCACAGAAUUCAGAAGUGCAAUUUAUCAUGGGAGAAAUCGAUGAAUUGACGAAGGAUAUUAAAAGGGAAAAAGAAGAACAAGAGGAGCAUGGCGAUGAAAAUGAGGAAACGGAUGAAAACCAAAAGGCACAAGCUUCUAAAUCCACGCCUGUGAAUAUAGACGAAUUCAUUUCAUCUUCAAAUAUUAGUAUGGCUAAAUGGAAUGCACUUGAAGCCAAGUUUAUGGAACAAAUAACUGAUGUAGAUUACAAUUCUUAUGAGAGUCCGUAUAUGGACGAAGAAGAGGCUUCUUUCGAAACGAAAGAUGAAAAAACUCUGCUUGUGAGUGAAGUUUCUGAUCGUGUUGAACAAGAGAAAAGUUUGAUCUAUGAAAUGGCAGAGGCUGAAGAAAAAGCUUCAAAUGAAAAUUUGGACGAAUUAGAAGAGAACCUAUACUCCAACAUAAACAAAUCCAUAGUGAAUAGUAAUGUAAGCGAAGAUUAUAAUGAAAAAGUGGAAGAUAUCAACAUUGGCCUACAAGAUCAGAACACACCAAAUGAUUCUAAUGUUACAGCAUAUGUUUCGGAGCAACCGGCACUUUCUAAGUCCACAGAUUCCCAAGCAAUCAAUGUCGAAGAAGUAGAAUCUAAGGAUGUUGGUAUUGAUGAUGUGAAUCCUAGGAAUUUCAAAGAUUUUAAACAGAGGGCCAUAGUGUUGCUUCGUAAACAUGCUCUAACUGAGGAAAUGAUAAAAAAUAAAGAAAACUUAGAAUGCGAAGCAGAUCCUGUAACAGAAACUACGAAUACUGUAGAAAUUGAAGAGGAUAACAUAAAAGACGAAUUAGAAGAAGUAGAAAAUUCACAGCUUCUAGAAAACAGUGUCAAGAAUGAUGAUGAGAUAUUGGAUGUGUUAGAUAAAGAAGAAACUAUCAGUAGGGAACACACAGAGAAUAAUUUAGUUGUUGAGGAAACAAUUUCUCAGGAUAUUGAUAUAUACAGUUUACAGAAUUCUUGUGAAGUUUGUUUGGACAGUAAGGGGGAUGUAUGUAAGGGCUUAGAGCGCUCAAACAAUCGAUCUUUGAAUUUUAUUCAGUGCAUUAUCAACAUUCUGGAGAAUGAAAUUUCAAUAGUUAAAGAAACAAAUUUAGAAUUUUAUAGUAAGAAACAUGAAAAUGAGGACCAAACUAGAAAACGGAAGGUUAUCGACUGGAAAACUGAUGUUUCUAACAAUAAUUUCGAGAAUUCAGCAUCAAAACGGCUCGAAGUUGAAGAAACCAAGACGAACCCGAAGAAAUUAUUGCCGACAACCAAGAAAAUCCAUCCCCGUACAAAUAGUAAAACAACUACUAAAUUUGGUCAUGCCGAACAGGAACAUAUGAAAGAAAUGAAUCUGGGCAUCAAAUCACCAGAAAUGAAGAGCGGAAGACAGAGUGGCGUCAACUGCAAUGCACCUGAAAGAGUUGAAAAUCAAGUCAAUACGAAGACGAAUAGAUCAGCUGACAAAUCGAGCGAAAAGAAAAUUAGAGCCAGUCAGCGGUAUUCCAGUGAGGAUUUAUACAAACCCCGUAUAUAUUUGAGGAGGACUGGAAGGGAUGUGAAAAAUCCCUGAUGGAGUCUCCUUACUUAUAUGAUAGUUCUGUAUAGUUUGUAAAAUAAUGUAAAUAAAUUUUUACGUUCACAAAGUUAUGAAAAUUUCAUUUAAAUAUAAAUUGUAUAUAUUGCAGUAGGCCUUACUUCUUUUUAUUGAAGUAAAAUGUACAUAAUAGAGAAAGUGAAAUGGACUCAAAAAUAAAAUAUUUCAUUUUUGUAAACCUGAAAAGAUCUCGCAGAUUUCAUAUGUAGAUGAUGUGAUACUUCUAAGUAUGAUUGUGUAUCUUGAAUUAAUUAAAUUAAUUUUUGUACUGAA